AUGGGGUUAUCAACCCGUCUUCUCCGCAUCCCGCGGCCAGAGACCUUCCUCUACGUUAUGAGCCUACAGACGGGCGCCUCUUUGAUCACCCUGUCGUUGCUCCUCAACAAAAUCAGCGGCCUUUAUGGCUUACUCGCCCUGUUGACCGGUUACCAUCUAUCCCCCGUGCAGCUGUCGAUGUACCUCUACUCCCUCCUCGCUCUCGGCCUCACUGCCUACCUCUUCCCGCACAUCCGGAAACAAUCUCCGUUACAAUGUCUUGCGCUCGCCUGGCUCUAUGUCUUCGAUAGUUUGAUCAAUGCCGCCUACACUGCGGCCUUCGGUGUGACGUGGUUCCUCGUCGUCUCUCAACAUUACGACAACGGCAGCGCCUCGGGACCCGGUGGCGAGACCAUCGCCCAGACCGCCGGCUUUACAAGCCCCAAGUAUGCCUCCAAAGGAGAUGGCGAUCACUACGCAAGGAGACCGGACCCUCUCGGCAACGCUGUGGCGCAGCCGGAAAGUUUCCAAAGCAUCCUAAUCAUUUGCUCUCUCUGGAUCGUCCGCGCCUAUUUCGUCUUCGUCAUGCUUGCCUUUGCGCGCCAGGCCCUACGCCUCCACAUCGCCGUGCCUCGUCAUACCCAACUUCCGACCCACAGUCGCAAUACUUCCAUCGCCAGCGUCGCCAGUGUUGCGGACAUCGACCGGGAGCCCUUCUCACCGUAUAGCCCUGAUGGUCAAGGGUGGCAGGGAAAGCUGGGGCGCAUCAUGAUCGGCAUUGGUCGCAACUACUGGCUUGGUGAAGACGAGGAAGGCGGCAACUGGAUGGUUACCCUUGGCCGCCGCUUCCGGGCUCGUGGUGAAGACACCGAACUUCCCGGCCCUCUUGAAAGGGAGAGAAGACGUCGUUCCGGGACCGGUCCUCCCCAGCCUUCCCCGUCAGCCUUUCAAGCUGUAGCCCUGCAAUCGCCGAUUCAUGAACACACCCCAGGAGCGAACGUGAAGAUGCACGGCUGGAACGAGGGCAGGUGA